GGCAAGUGGUGGACGUGGAGAACGGAAUAAUCUGUGAGAAUAUCCCCAUCGUCACCCCGACAGGAGACGUGGUGGUGGCCAGCCUGAACAUUCGGGUGGAGGAGGGGAUGCACCUGCUGAUCACCGGGCCCAACGGCUGCGGGAAAAGCUCUCUAUUCCGGAUCCUGGGAGGUCUGUGGCCGGCAUACAGCGGGGUGUUGUACAAGCCGCCCCCCCAGCAUAUGUUUUACAUACCACAGAGGCCUUACAUGUCGGUGGGCACCCUCCGCGAUCAAGUGAUUUACCCCGACACUGCCAGUGACAUGAGGGCAAAAGGCUUCACCGACAACGACCUGGAAGCCAUCCUGACUAUAGUGAACCUGAACUACUUGGUGCCCAGAGAAGGAGGUUGGGCGUCAGUGAGUGACUGGAAGGAUGUUCUCUCCGGGGGUGAGAAGCAGCGAGUAGGAAUGGCGCGCAUGUUCUAUCACAAACCAAAAUACGCCCUGCUGGACGAGUGCACAAGCGCUGUGAGCAUUGACGUGGAGGGCAAGAUCUUCCAAGCUGCAAAGGAUGCUGGGAUUGCUCUGCUGUCUAUUACUCACAGACCUUCUCUAUGGUAA